AUGUGCACUAUUGAAAAACUGGAAGGUUCUCAACGAAGGUCGUCCCUAUGGACCCCCUCCUACCGUUUGAGGAUCCCAGACACCCAAUUAAAUGGAAAUCAACGAUGGCGAGGAGCGUCUAAAUUCAUUUGGGUUCGAAGUCUUCUCUCAAUUUCCUCUGAAAUUAACAUUCGCUGCCUUCAUCAGCCUAUUGGGGAUUUCCAACUCAGUGGCAUUCAAAUUUACCUACAUCAAUCAAAGCCAACCCCUGAAAAUUCUAGUCAAAGCAAGGGGAGGCAAUUGGUUGGUUCUUCCUCCUCCUCCUCUGUCUCCUCCUCUUCCUCCUCCUUAUCACUGGGAUCCACAAACACCAUCAUAACUCAGGUUAAACGGCCAAUAAGAGUGCUCAAAUUACAACCACAACGACCUUCUUUACCACCACAACCAGUGCAGCCGACACCGACUCUGCAGCCAAUCAGCGUGACCUCGAAUCUUCCAAACACCACUUCUGGACCUUUCCUGGCGCCUGCCAGAGAUGCUCAAAUUAUUUAUGAUACUACAACUUGUUUGACACCACAGGCAAUAGUGACAACACCGUGGGUAAUCUAUACAAGAGGUAUCAGUGCACCACAGGCAGAGCUGGUGAAACCACUGACUCGGAUGCAGCCUGUAGCACAAGCAGUUUCAAAACAGCCUUUCCAACCUGCCUCCACCCUUCCACCGAUUCUCACUCCGCAGUCAGCACCACCGAAAUUACCUAACGCUACUGCAGUCCCACAGAAUUCGUCUUUCAGUUUCCUGCUUCCAUGCGAGUGCAAUGAGGCUCUAACGUCCCAACACUUCAAUAACAAUAACACCAAGAUACCCAUUCUCGGUCCCCCACAUUCUCUUGUUGAACCGGUUCAAAAUGAUAAAAGACCCCCUGUAGCUUCUUCUCCGGCUCUCAACCUACCGGAUAUGCUUCAAGAAUUGGAUCCAGAAACACUUGCGAUGUUGGAAAACGAGGAUGCAAAGUCAGAUUCUCUGCUAACUUCCCUUAGCUUUGAUGAUAUCCUAUCCUCAAUCAGUAUAACACCAAGCAGUGGUGAUGAACUCAACCAAGAGAAGGCUUCUCGUCCGAGCGGGUCUUUUUGUUCAAGUGAAUACUCUCCACCAUCUUUACCAGAAAGCUUUGUUUCUUCCGCCUCUUGCGGUGGAAAUGAUCAGAGCCACCAGACCCAAUCGCAGCAGAAACAACAAUCUCAUCAGCAAAAUAUCUCACUUCUUAAUGAUGUUGAAAUCGACACUGAUCUACCGUCUGAUAGUGAUGAGUUUUGGGAUGCUUUUGUAACAAACGUAAUGAAUCUCCCAUUGGAUUCAACAAACCUCCCAAUGGACGUUUGCUAG